GAAGGACCCAAGUAGCCAUGCUGAAAUGUUGAUGGUUGACAGAAAUUUUCAUUCAGUGUCGUUUAUGGGUGAACCGCAGACGCUUGACGGCUUUCAAGAAUAAAUAGUCUUUGAUGUGAUUUUACCAAAGCAUAACGUUACCAGCUAUGGCGGAUGUGAAGGUGAAAAAGGAAUCUACGGAUCCAGUGGACAUUGAGAACAGGAUUAAGGAGUUGUGUGCACAGUUCCCGCACGGAAUUACAGACCUGGUGAUCCAGAAUGACAUGCCGCACGUGGAGCCUCAGCAGCGGGCCAUGGCCAUCAACAGGUUGCUGUCGGUGGGUCAGCUGGACCUCCUGAGGAACAGUAACGGUCUCCUCUAUAGAAUGAAAGACAACCAGUCGACAAGCAAGAUGAAGGGCUCAGAUAACCAGGAGAAGCUGGUCUAUCAGGUCAUAGAAGAUGCCGGAAACAAAGGCAUCUGGAGCAGAGACAUCCGGUUCAAGAGCAACCUCCCUCUCACCGAGAUCAACAAGAUCCUCAAGAACCUGGAGAGCAAGAAGCUCAUCAAGGCUGUCAAAUCUGUCGCUGCCUCCAAGAAGAAGGUGUACAUGCUGUAUAACCUGCAGCCGGACCGUUCGGUGACGGGUGGGGCCUGGUACAGUGACCAGGACUUUGAGUCAGAGUUUGUGGAGGUUCUGAACCAACAAUGCUUCAAGUUCCUGCAGAGCAAGGCGGAAGCGGCUAGAGACAGUAAGCAGUCUCCGAUGGUCCAGAGGAACAGCUCCUUCGCCACAUCCCACGAGGUCUGGAAGUACAUCUCAGAGCUGGGCAUCAGCAAGGUGGACCUGUCCAUGGAGGACAUUGAGACGAUCCUGAACACGCUGAUCUUCGACGGGAAAGUGGAGAUGACCAUCAUCGCUGCCAAGGAGGGCACCGUGGGCAGCGUGGACGGCCAGAUGAAGCUCUACCGCGGAGUCAACCCCAUCAUCCAGCCCACCGGCCUCGUCAAGACGCCCUGCGGACUCUGUCCGGUGUUUGAUGAUUGUCACGAGGGAGGAGAAAUCUCGCCGUCAAACUGCAUCUACAUGUCUGAAUGGCUGGACUUUUGACCAAAUAUCUUCCAGCAUUUCCCCUAGUCCCUCCCCUUCCUGUAUUUUCUCUGUGGAGAAAGAACUUGAGUUUCCUUUGCUGUAUUUUUUUGUUUGAUUGUUUGAUGACAAACAUAUGAAACGAACACUUCAAUGCAUCAGUGGGGAUCUUUUAUUUAAACUGACCUACACUUGAACCUCAAAUGCCUUAUAGCAACAUACCAACACAAACUAAGAAAAUAACUAAAUAAUGAAAAAGAAAACACAAAAAUAGAAAUUCAGCCUUUCCAGUGGCUAUUUUCAGUUGAAUUGUUCAUAAGACGACCCAUCAGAUGGUAGCAGCUGUCCCUACCAGAUCAGAGUCAGAGUUCUAUAACCAGAUCAGAGUUGAGGGUCUGUGACCAGAUCACAGUUGGGGGUCUGUAAUCAGAGGAGGCUUGAUUUGUUUGAUGUGAUGUCUGAAUAAUUUAUCACUGUGGGGUCAAAAGUUCAUGUCCAGUUAGUCCAGGACCAAGGACCGGGAUCAAUGCUAAGGAUCUGCUCUGAUCUUGGUCGUAGUGAACAUUAACAGGACAGAUUUUUAAGGAGUUUCUGUUUUAUUUCACCAUUUCUUGUUUCCACAAGUGCUGUGUCAUGAACUUGAGCGUGGUGCUCAGUGGUUGGAGCCGACUUGGAAAGUUAGCAUUGCAGAACUUGAGCUUGCACUCACACAGACAUUUAAACUAUAAAUCUGCUUGUUGAAGCACUCACACAGAAAUCUUAAAUUAUAAACCUGCUAGUAGAAGCUCACACAUAAAUCUAAACUGUCAACCUGCUUUUUGAAGCACUCACACAGAAAUGUGAUCCAGAAAUGGAAGCCAGAUGAUUCAAUGCUGUGGGAUUUUCUCCCAUUGGACUUCACCAUGGACAUGUUUUGAGACGUGAAUAUCAUUUUGUGUCAUGUGAAUCUGGUGUUGAUGGAGAGAGAAAUAGGAGAACACCGGGCACAUUUUUGAGAAGACUGUUAGAUGUGGAAGAUAAAACCAGGGUCGGGUGACACUUUUUUUUCCUACUGGCAUCAAGAUAAGAGGUGGUGGGUUUCUGCGGUGCCAACACUGCCCUCAUUUCAGCUUGAUUUUGGCAAAUCACUGUUUUUGACUGCUGGUGGAAAAUGUCUAAAGAAUAAAUAUGACAAAUGAUUGCUGAGGUGAAAACA